UGUUGCCAUGGGAGACAGCCGCAAGGAGGCGGAAGGAGCCGAGAACCUGUCGGAGCCGCCUAGGGGAGUGGGAUCCUUGGCGGCCAUGGCGGUCUCGGAGCCCGGGUACCGGAGCUGGUCCUUGUGGCCCGAGGUGCCAUCCGCCACCUUCUUCACCGCGCUGCUCUCGCUGCUGGUGUCUGGGCCUCGCCUGUUCCUGUUGCAGCCGCCUCUGGCGCCCUCGGGCCUCUCGCUGCGGUCCGAGGCCCUGCGCAACUGGCAAGUUUACAGGCUGGUGACUUACAUCUUUGUCUAUGAGAAUCCAGUCUCCCUGCUCUGCGGUGCCAUCAUCAUUUGGCGCUUUGCUGGCAAUUUUGAGAGAACCGUGGGCACCGUCCGCCACUGCUUCUUCACCGUGGUCUUCGCCAUCAUCUGCGCCAUCAUCUUCCUGUCUUUUGAAGCUGUGUCAUCGCUCUCAAAGCUGGGGGAGGUAGAGGAUGCCAGAGGUUUCACUCCAGUGGCUUUUGCCAUGCUGGGAGUCAAUUCCGUCCGCUCUCGGAUGAGGAGGGCCCUGGUGUUUGGCAUGGUUGUGCCCUCAAUGCUGGUGCCAUGGCUCCUGCUCUGUGCCUCCUGGCUCAUUCCCCAGACCUCUUUCCUCAGUAACGUCUGUGGACUUGGAAUUGGGCUAACAUAUGGCUUCACCUACUGCUACUCCAUCGACCUCCCAGAGCGAGUUGCGCUGAAGCUCGACCAGAAGUUUCCCUUCAGCCUGAUGAGGAAGAUUUCGGUGUUCAAGUACAUCUCCGGCUCUUCAGCUGAAAGAAGGGCCGCCCAAAGCCGGAAGCUGAACCCUGUGCCUGGCUCCUACCCCACACAGAGCGGCCACCCUCACCUGGCCCCGAGCCACCCUGUGGCCCAGAUGCAGCACACCAGCGGCCAGAAACUGGCCCCCUGGCCAUCCUGGGUCCCUGGGCACACGGCCAGCCUGCCUCCAUACCAGCCCACGUCCGGCCUGUGCUACGUGCAGAACCAUUUUGGCACAGUCCCCAGCUCCUCUGGUGUCUACCCGGCUUCUGCGGGUGCCUCCCUGGGGGUCCAGCCCCCCGCCCCCCUCAACUGCCCCGGCACAGUGCAUUCCGGGGCCCUGGCCAGUUCAGCGGCUACCGGCUCCAAGGAGUGCUCCAGGGUCCUGAUCCCCUGAGAGAGUUUCCAGGGAAGCGACCUCCCGUCUCGGCCUUCCGAGGAAGGUCCUCUGAGCUGAGACGUUCUUGACAAAAAGUUACUUUACUGAACACCUCUGUGUGCCAGGCUCUGUGUUGAGUAUUUUGAUCUGUGUCCCUAUUUCAGUCUCAUUCAUCCUCAUGACAACUUGGUGAAGUACAGCUUGUCGUCCCCAGUUUACAGAUGCAGAAAGCGCAGCGCUCUGUGAGGACGUGAGGUCACGUGGCCUUGUAGUGGCGCAGCUGGGGCGCUUGGCUCCAGGCCCCGGCCCCGCCCACCCACUGUCCCGCCCCCCACAGGACACCUGGGAGAAGAGGGCGUUGGUGGUCAGUGGCUCGUUUCAGCUCUCUGUUUCCUUCCUGUCCUCGUACGUCGUGCCCGUGGUUAUGCCGUGUUCGUGUGUCUGCGCGUGCCCUUUGGGGGCUCCCAGCUGGUGUGCUCGCCAGUCCCCAGGCCUGUGCAGUGUUCCUCCCUUGCGGUGACCCCCCCGCCCCACACCCAGACUUCUGCCCCGGAAGUGGUGAGACGGGCCAGCGUGAGCCGCAGCAGCAUGCUUGUGGAUCCGUAGUGUUGAUUACCUUUGUAUAAAGAAACAGCCUCCAACUUGC